UACUGCAGUGUCGCUACAUUCAGCAUCACUCAUCAAAACUCUGCGGCAUGCGGACGAGAACGGCAGCCGGGGUUGUACUGAGUGUAGUGUCAACAUUAACUGUAAUUAGAUAAUCUGGCAGCUCCGUGCUAGGGUUUCAUCCUUCUUGCAAAGCAGCUCUUCAUUUGUGCACUUGAUAGCGGUUUUCUGCUUUCUAUCUGAGUAAUUGGCACCCGUUUGUUUCCAGAGCAACUCUGUAACAAGUUUUGUAGUGUAGGCCUACCUCACAGCUAGAUACUUCACAUAUCACCCUAACGACUAUCUACAUUAGGCUAUAAAGCCCGGUAAUAAAAACAUCUAGAAAUGGCAAAAGAUGCCGAGAAGAGCACUUGGAAGGACACCAUAUGGAACCCCAGUACGCGGGAAUUUUGUGGCAGGACAGCGAGCAGCUGGGGCCUCAUCCUGCUCUUCUACCUAGUGUUCUACAUCUUCCUAGCAGGCAUGUUCUGCCUCACCAUGUAUGUCAUGCUGCAGACCUUGGAUGACCACAAACCCACCUGGCAAGACAGGCUUAGUACACCAGGCAUGAUGAUCAGACCCAGGGGAGACACCAUGGAGAUCAACACCCACAACACUGAGAGCUGGGACAUGUAUACCAAGACCCUGGACAACUUCCUCUCCUCCUACAACAACUCUCUGCAGGCUGAAAAGAAUGACAAGUGCACACCAGACCAGUAUUUUAUUCAGGUAGACAGCGGUGAUGUGAAGAACAACCCCAAGCGCUCCUGCCAGUUCAACCGAUCCCUUCUACAAGAGUGCUCUGGCCUCGAUGACCAUACCUAUGGAUACCAGGCUGGCAAGCCAUGCAUCAUCAUCAAGCUGAACCGGGUCAUUGGGAUGUUGCCAGGAAAGGAUGGCCAGGCUCCAUUUGUCACUUGUGGAGCAAAGAAAGAAGACUCUGAUAAGAUUGGAGAGGUGGCGUACUACCCUGAAAAUGGCGCCUUCAACCUCAUGUACUACCCUUACUAUGGCAAGAAAGCUCAGGUGAACUACUCCCAGCCUCUGGUUGCCAUUAAGUUCCUCAACAUCACCCUCAACGAAGACAUCAACAUCGAGUGCAGGAUCAUCUCCAACAACAUUCCUCCUGGGAGUGAAAGAGACAAGUUUGCUGGAAAAGUGUCUUUCAAACUGAGGAUCAACACUAAACAAUAGAUGUACAUUCUCUUUCUCUCACAAAUAUUCACACUGAUAUGCUGUGCACAGGUACACACACACAUACAGAAACAGAUAACAGAAUUAACACCCUCAGUUUGAUGAAUAGAAUAUGUUUACAACUUUCAUUUACCCUCGAUGUUGGGCAUUGAAUGCCCAGUUUAGUGAUGUCAGAUUGGUGCAGUCAAAAGGGGGGUAAUUCUGUCUCUGUUUUUGUGUGUGAGAUUUGGGACUGAUUCUGUUAUGUAAGUUAGUUUGACUUGAAGUCCAUUUAUCAACACGUCUUACCAGUUUACUGUGUGUCCUUCCUUGCUGCCUCCCUCUAGAGUGCCCCUUUAUGUACGAAUAUACACUAAAUCCAAUACAAAACGUGUAUAUCUAUUUAUAUAUAAUAUCCUUAUAUCAGUAUGUCUAUUUUGUUGCACUUGAAUAGUGAUCAUCCAGUUUAGUCCCCCCCCCCACCCCACACACACACACACACAGCCAUUGCGUGAAUGAAAUGUGAGCCAUAAGAAGAUAGCAUCUCCAACAUGGGGAGUUCUAGAGGUCAACACCUUUGUGUAUGUGUGCGUGCGUGUGUGUGUGUGUACUGUGUACGUGUGUGUGUGUGUGUGUGUACUGAAUGUGUAUGUUUGUAUGUGUGUUUGCAUGUGUACUGUAUGUGACUGUUUGCAUGUAUGUGUGUGUGUGUACUGUAUGUGUAUGUUUGUAUUUGUGUGUACUGUAUGUGUGUGUGUGUUUGUAUUUGUGUGUACUGUAUGUGUAUGUUUAUGUGUGUGUGUACUGUAUGUGUGUGUGUGUGUACUGUAUGUGUGUGUGUGUACUGUAUGUGUGUGUGUGUACUGUAUGUGUGUGUGUACUGUAUGUGUUUGUUUGUAUAACAAAAUUUAGUUUGCAAGAAAAAUGUUAUACUGUAGGUUGGGAAGUUGCAUAUGCAAUGUGCAAUAUUCAUUAGAGUGACAAAUCAAAUUCAUUCUUCACAUUAAAACAGGACUCUUUUGUCAUAAACACUUGAAUUGCACAUCAGUCAUGAAUUGGAUCAGUCUUCCAUAACAUGGAUAUACAUUGUUCUUACAGUGCACACACAUGGUUUGUGUUCACAGCUGUGUCCCUCCAGCUCAAGGGUUAGGUCUUUUUGCAUGUACAUCACAUAUAUAUUUUAUUUUGUAUUGAUUUGCGCUGGUUUGUGUUUUUCUUGUGAAGACGAGAUGCUUAUGGUUCUGUGGAGAAGGACAAAUAGAGUUUGUUUUUGUUUCUAUGUUUGUUUAAACAUUUGUACAUGGCUUGUUACUGCUGUGAUAGCCUUCAAACUGAGAUGCACUGACUCCAACGUUUCUGAUUACAUUGACCAGAAUGUCUAUAGGGCUGUUUCGGUAAUACCGGUCAUUUGUUUGAUUUUUGAAGGAUUCUCUGCCAUUCCAUUGCUUUAAACAGGGGAGUACAACAAACCAACCAACCUUGGAGUUGGAGGCUGUACUGUAACUAUAAACAUCUACAAUUGAGCGUUUAGGAAUUUGCUGUAGCAUGGUGGUCAAUGUGCUGUUGCACAGAUACCCUGGAUGUGCUGCUGACUUGAUUAGGUCACACAUAAUAAGAAAAGCCCAUCCAUCAGUUGAGGAAUCUGUGGAUCUGAGCGAGCGCUGCUGAACCCAGGCACCUCGCCUUGGCUGUGACAUUGUGCCAAUGUGACUGAUCCUGCUACGACAUCAUAGCAACACUCAGAACACUAGCAUCUGUUCACUCAAAAUAAGGAUUGGGUUGACUUUUAGGGCCUAUUCUUUUCUGUCAGUAUUGUAUAUCAAUACAUUCUCCUUCAUUUGGAUUGAAGUGGUGCCUCGUGAAUAUCAUCAUCAAGACUGACAGUAAUACUAUGUUUUGUUUGAUAGAUGUGCUGUAUAAUACAUGUUGAGGUAUAUAGGAGUGAUUGAACAAAGUAAAUUGACUCCAUGCUAAACAUGCAUGCUGCAUGUAGCCUACCAAUAGUCCUUGUUUUUGAGCAGUGCUAGUGCUACGUAUUCCUCAUCAUUCCUGCUCCACUCAGUCUGUCACGCUUCAUUUCACUGUAAUCUCUUAAUCUGGUAAAAUAAUCCAAAACAGGUCCCCUUCUUUAUCCUCUCUUUGUAGUUCCACCUUGUGUCAACCCUCUGUCUUUUGCUCUCUUUCUCUCUCUCUCUCACUCUCUCUCUCUCUCUCUCACUCACACACACACGAAUCAUCCAUGCUUUCUGUUAAGAUAUGUAAGGUUAGGAAGACUAUGGUAUGUGCUUAGAUAUAUGACCCACAUAUUGCCAUGUUGUACCACAGGCCAUUUUUCCUCAUGAGCCCAUUCCAUUCACAAUUCAAUCUACAAGUAAACGUGUAUACUAUCCAUGGUGUGUAGCCAAGCACUUACAGAUAUGUGGAUAUAUUCCUGGUGGCAAAAGUAAUGCUUUUCUUUGCUUACAUACAAGAUUAGUCCUGACACAUUCCCUCCAACCAAAGAUAUUCAUGAGAAUUGUAUUAGUAUGAAAAAAACGUGCUGCAACUGCCAGACCACAGAUCUUUCUGAGAGAAAGGAUUUUAUUUAAAACAUGUUUCAGAAUGCUGUGUGAAUGUCAUUUCAUGAGCAGUCCUAUUCUUACAUAAUGAUACACAUAGAAGGAGCAUGUUUCACUAAAUGACAACAGUGCCUCUUGGUGGACAGAUCGUGUUGUUCCCCAGUGUCACCUGUUAUGUAAUAAUAUCUCCAUAUAUCCGUUUUUAAGUGAUCAUUUGGACAUUUCUUCAAAAAGCAACAUAUUUAUUUGCCUGUGUGGCUGUAAGUUUUUAUUCUUGGAAAGACUGCAACAAAUGUAUAGUAACAAAAAUAAUAAAGAGCUUGAGGAAGAAGACAGAAAGAACAUGGAAAUAUUACGUUCACAUAUAGAUAUACGUAUGUUUGCUAAUGCGCGUCUUCAAGAUUGAACAAUAGAAACAUAACGGUUUUGUUUUCAAAAAGGGAUAAAGUAUUUGUAUUGUUAUUUUGUUGAAAAGAGGAAAUAAUGUAUUAGCAUUGUAUUAAGACAGGGGUGCUACAUGGUAGGUUUUCGACCUGUAAUCUCAGAAUUCUGAGUGAGACUGAAGAAAACUUGACAAUUAAACACAUACCAAGUAGCAUUUUUUUUCUAAGUCUGACCCCUACUUUCUCUGUCUUGUUUUCAACCUUGCAGUAUUGAAUGGUUGCCCUGUUGAAACACUUUCUCAGUCAUUGUCUACUGGCUACUCUUUUAGGUGAACAGUGCAUGUCUUUAUAUGGGCACCAAGAUGAUGAGAUGAAGAAGGGCAUCCUCUUCUGGUAUUGGUUUGAUCAGUUACACUGAUUCAAUAGAAAGCUGCAUAUUUACAGUAACUGCAAAGGAUUUAUCCCCAAACAGCACAAUACUUGCCUGUGACCACUGCAUGUGGAAACUAGUGUGAACUAGCAAGACAGCUUUUCACUAAAGGUCCUCCUGGAAAAUAAUAUAAAAACGUUAUGUCCCUGAAAAUCUUGAUUCAGACAGUUUAUUUAAAACUUAUCUAAGGCAGAACUCCCUUGAAACACUUUGGGAUAGUCUCUCACCCAAAAUGAAUUGGCUGAUAAUUCUAUUAUUUUUUUGCUGGAUGUAUAUUAUUGUAUGCAUGUAUGUAUAUACAUUUUUUUUUGCUUAUGUUCAUUGUAUUUUUUUUUUAGAGAAAUCAAUAAAUGUGAUUGACAGAAACAACCAGA